ACAGGGUACCAAAUAAAACAGCUUUAAAAAAAGCUUCAUUGAAAACAAUAUUCUACAAAAAUAAUUUGUUUGAGCUACGCUGUCAAAAGAGUUACAGCUGCUGCCUCCAGCGUUCAUUUAGGAGUAACUAAAGUGCCUUGUAGAACAGCUGUGUCUGCUUUCUUUGCCGAGAUAACAGCGCGAAUCAAACACAACAGAAGCAGACUGUGAUUAAGUGCAAUAAUAACAGUACAUUAGUACUAGUAAUAAGCAGUGCGACAAAGAUAGCCAGACGCUCAGUCUGUAUGCGCAGUUAACAAAGAGAUGCAACAUAUCCUCUAGAGCGUCCAUUUCAUCAUGUGUUGCAAGUGUUGUGGCGAAACGCAGCGCAAGAGCUGGGUCUUUGGCAUUGGAUCAGUGUUCACCCUAUUGGGCAUUCUCCUUGUCGUGCUGUGGCCCGAUUUGGCUGACAAGCUAGUGGAAAAUGGCUUGAAGCUGGAACCCGGCACCGACACCUACGACAGCUGGCUAGAGGCUCCAAUUCCCAUUUACCUGAAGUUCUACAUGUUCAACUGGACCAAUCCAGAGGAUAUACGCAAUCCUGAUAUCAAACCGCACUUCGAUGAAGUGGGUCCUUAUGUGUUCCUCGAGAAACACAAGAAGGAAAACUACACGUUCUAUGACAAUGCCACCGUCUCGUACUAUGAGCGUCGCACCUGGUUCUUUGAUGAGGAGCGUUCCAACGGAAAACUGACGGAUAUGAUUACCGCUGCUCAUGCCAUCACAGCAACUGUGGCGGAUGAGAUGCGUCACAUGCCAAAGUUCGUGAAGAAAAUCAUCAACUUUAUGAUGAAUCACGAGGGCGGAACUUUGUAUACGACGAAACCGUUGCACGAAUGGAUUUUCGAUGGCUAUCAGGAUGAUCUGACGGAUUUCCUAAAUCUGUUCAACACCUCGAAGAUUGAUAUUCCCUACACACGCUUCGGCUGGCUGGCAGAUCGCAAUGGUUCGUUGGAGUACGACGGACUCUUCACUAUUCACACAGGAACCGAUGACAUCUCGAACGUGGGUCGCUUGACGCAUUGGAACGAAAAGAACGAGACUGGUUUCUAUCCGGCACCCUGCGGCAUUGUCAACGGAACCACGGGAGAUCUGUUUCCACCGCGACUCGAUACGGAGGGCGAGAUUACCAUCUUUGCCACGGAUGCGUGUCGUUUUAUGAAUCUGCGGCCGGAGGGUACGUUGCAGGUGCAUGGUCUGACCGCCACACGUUGGGUGGGCACCGAGGAGACGCUGGACUCGGGAGAGAAUUAUCCUAAUCAGCAGUGCUUCUGCGAUCCGCGACUCGAAGAGUGCCCCAAGACGGGCGUGGUCGAGUGCAAGGCGUGUCGCGAUAAGGCGCCUAUUUACUCUUCCUUCCCUCACUUUUAUCUCGCUGACGAAUCCUAUUUGAAUGCCGUGAACGGCUUGAAACCCGACAAGGAGAAGCACGAGUUCGUCAUGGCCGUGGAGCCCACAAUAGGUGUGCCAUUGCAAGUGCACGGCAGGAUUCAGAUCAACAUGAUGAUUGAGCCGGAUGAUGACUACGACAUUUAUCGUGGCGUGCCAAAAGUGUUGAUGCCCAUGUUUUGGUUCGAUCAGUAUGCCGAGCUGAGCUCCGAGCUGGCCUCCACAGCCAGGCUGGCCAUCAACCUUGCCGACUAUGGUGUUUACUUUGGCAUCGCCUGCAUUGUAUUUGGCAGCAUCUUCCUGGUCACUGGCAUCGCGUUGACCAUCACCAAGCGCUGGGUGCGUCGCCCCGAAGUUGAUGACGAGGACAUUCUGACCACCGACUAAAUGUAUUUGUGGCCAUUUUAGCUUGUAAACCAAUCAUAGCCAAAGUGCCAGAACCAGUUAGAUGUUAAUCCGAAGCUAGUUCAUUUGUUGAUUUGUUUGUUAACAAUUCAUGUUUCAAAAUAUGUGAUACACCACUACACUUCAAUUGUUAUAUUCGAGUGCACAGCGUGCACUUUCAGCAGCAUUCCUCCUUUGAGAUUCUUCUGUGCAAUUAGUAUACAUCUCAGUUUUGUAAUAAGAACGAUAAUAAUAAUACUACUACUACUAAUAAUAAUAAUGAUAA